AUGCUAAACUGGAUAAAAGCAUUCGAUGGACAAAGAUCGCAUAGAGUCAGAUAUGGAAAUGCUCUAGCAAAAUCCAAUCUUUUACAAACAGCCCCUCUACAGGGAGCAGUCACAAGCUGCACUCUUUACAAUGUCUUCAUCAAUGACAUAGCCGAAUUGGAACAGACAGUCACGGGCGUUAAGUGCUUACUUUAUGCAGAUGAUCCUGUUCUAUGGUACUCUGCCCCUAUGAAAAACGCUCUGGAUAGGACAGAAAGUGCCCUAAAUUGUGCACUUAAACUACUAGCAUACUGGUACAAGGAUACUACCAUAUACAAAAUCAAUGUGUUCACUUAUCUUGGAAUGACGUUUGACACAAAGCUAGCAUGGAAAAGUCACAUUGCUAAAAUGGCAGAUCGAGUCUCUAAUAGACUGAAUGUACUGAAGCGUCUUGCUGGUAGCGUAUGGGGCUGUGCGUGCUCAAAUCUCAACACCACUUACAAGAUGUUUAUUCAGCCAAUAGUGUUGUAUCGCUGUGAGCCACUCAUUACAGCCACAGAGGUGACUCUCAAACCACUCGAGAAGGCACAUAAUCAAACAUUACGACUAAUAACUGGAGUUAUAAAAUCAACACCCAUUGAUGUAAUGCUCCUAGUUACUAUAAAAUCAACACUCAUUGAUGCAAUGCUCCAAGUUGCAGGAAACACCACAAUAAAGCAAAUGCGCUCACUGGCCAUUGAGACAAUCAAUGUCAACUAUCCUGCAGAUCAAUGGCUCCAAGUCUUCACUGAUGGGUCAAACAUAGUAAACCAAGCAAACGUUAGUGCAGGUGUCUAUUCUGAACUCUUCUCUUUCUACGUAGCAUCAGGACAAAAUAGAUCGGCUUUUGAAGAGGGUGUAGAGGCCAUUAGUGGAAAACGCUAUGAGCUGCUGGGAGAGAAAAACAAAACAGUGGUCCUACAAUGGAUUCCUGGUCACUGUGGCAUUAAGGGCAAUGAGGUUGCUGACACACGUGCUAAGAAUUGGACAACGAUUUUGCAAUGCAUGGACCAGCCGACGUCUUUCCACAUAAUGAUGACCUUAAUCAGGAGAGAAUUUCAGACUUCAAGGUACAACGAACUCAAAGCUCGAACAAAGGAGAAACAGUGGACAGUGGCACUCUCCGACAUACCCGACUGGCCAAGAAUCGAAGCCGUUGCUGAGUUUAGACUACGUACCGGACACGAUAGCUUGGCAAAACAUCUUCACAGAUUGGGAGUAUACGCUCAACCCACAUGCUCCUAA